CUUGGGCAUUGGUGAGGUGACUGGCAGUGUGCAGACAGUGGCACUCACUCGAGGACUGGAGUAUGUGGUAAGAGUAGCAUCGUAGGUCAUCACAUGGCAGAUCGUAUGGCCUAACCUUUUAGCUGAUGACAUAUUAUCAGUAAGUUGUCUAGUCAUGUCUUCUCAUAAGGUCAUAAGGGAAUCCUUUGUGGAAGAAGCUUUGAGACUGGACAAAGGAGAUGAAGCUCAGUUGUUAUCUUGGACAACAGAAGACAUCAACAAGAAGGGUAAUAACUAUACCAGUUUUAUCAGUAGUGUCACAGUCAAGUAUUGUAAAGCUACAGUUAACCAGGAAGUGACCUACGUUGUAAAGCUGAAACCACAAAGAGAAAAUGGAUUACCCUCUGAGUUUGACAAUUUGGUAUUUAACAAGGAAGGGCUAUUUUACACUGAAUUACUGUCAGAAAUAAAUGCAGAACUCUCAGCUGCUGGACAAAAGCCUCUACUACUACCUUCUUGUUACCAUUCAAGGUGGGAAGAAGGUCAAAAUCAGCUAUUUCUGGAAGAUUUAAGACCCAGGGGGUUUAAAAUGUAUGAUCGUACUAAGGGUUUGGAUGUCCACCAUGCAAUUCUUGUUCUGCAAGAGUUGGGAAGAUUGCAUGCUGCUUCUCAUCAGCUACAAGCUAAAGCACCAAAACAGGAUUUGACCCAGAAAUUUAAAUUCCUUACAUGGGAAUGGUUUAAUUAUUCAGAAAGAACAAGAAAAGAGUUUGAUGCCCUGAUUACAGGUUCCUUGACGGUUGCCUCAGGUCUGGCAAAGGCUAUAGGGUACGAAAAAAUAGCAAAGUGGUACAAGGAUGUCGCUCCUCGGGCUAUGGGUGUAGUAGAAGAGCAGAUUGCAAGUAGUCAGUUUGAUGUAGUAUGCCAUGGAGACUGUUUCACAAACAACAUGAUGUUCAGAUACAAUGAGGAGAGCCAACCAGUGGAGGUGGUACUGUUGGACCUGCAGAUAUGCCGCAAGUCAUCCCUUGGCACUGACUUAAGUUAUUUACUUUUCUCAAGCAUUGAUGAACCAGAGAGAACUGGUAAACUAGAGGAAUUCCUUGGUCAGUACCAUGCUUCCUUUAAAGCAGUUAUAGAAGGAGGAGGCACAGUCAUGCCCUUCACUCUGUUAGAUAUUACAAAAGAGUUCCACAAUAAGUCUGUAUAUGGCUGGAUAAUGUCAUCAUUUCUUAUUCCUAUUCUUGUAGCACAGAGCCAUGAAAUCCCAGAUUUUACUGUUGCCACAGAUGGCCAUAUUGAAGACUUUAUUGAACAGCAACAACAAAUUUUUAGUAAGAUGUUACGGAACAAUCCAUUACUGAAGCUUAGACUUGCUAACCUGUAUGAAUCCAUGGACAUAGAAUAAUGAGCUAAACUUACUGUACAGUAUUCAGGUGAAUGCUCUUUAUUCUAGAUAAUCAAUUGACAAUUUACUUUAUUGGUAAUUGGAAUAUAUUUUUACAUUAAUAAUGCAGCAGCUCUUUUUCUUGACAAAUAUUUCACAAGUACAGUAGUUUUAUUGGGUAGUAUCAACACAUUAACACCUAACAAAAUGGGCAUCAUUAACAAGCUUGAAGAUGUAUGAUGGUAACAGAGACAUGGGGAUGGUGAGGCUAUGACAAGUGUCCCGGGUUAGUAUAUCUUUAUCUUUCCUCUGCCAUAUAAUUCAACCCUUUGUUUUAUAUUUUCUAAACUACAGGGAAUUUUAUGCAAAUUGUUUGAUAGAUGUCAUAUCAUAUUAAUCAUAUACAGUACCUGGUACUGUAGACUUUUCAUGGUCUUACAGGGAUGUUUGAAACAUUUUCAUUUCCAGGUCUUGGGAAUAUUUAAACAUUAUCAAGAUUGCAAGUCUUUUCAAGGCCCAAAUGAAUCUUGAGUCUAUUUUAAUGACAUAAUUUGGAGUCAAGUACAAGGGGCAAACAAAAUAAAGGUUGACUGACUAAGGGAUUCAUGAGAUAAAGAAGGAAGUGUUGAUAAUUACUCUGAGAUGUAUGGAGGUUCUGCAUGGCCCACCUGACUCUAUGGCAGGAUAUGACAUUAAUAAAGAUUCAUUAAAAAUAAUAGAUAAAGUUAAGAGUUGAUUUCCUGCCCUUUCUAUUUUGUCAAUGGUUGUGACAUUUUUUAUUGUCAUUUUUGUAGACCAUGCAGUAAUGAGAUAAUAUUACAGUACUGUAUUCCAAACAAAUGUCAAAAAACAUUGUUGUACAAUAACAGAAUUCUUAGACAAUUAAGAUUUGCAAAUAUUUUUGUACAGUACUGUAGUACUUUGCAACUAUAAUUUGUUAGUGCAAAGUAAUAUACUGUACAUCUCCACUGAUAGUUUUGUUUGGUUAUUUAAAACCCAACUUGACAAGGUGGGAGAGUGAAGGCAAUAAAGUAAAGUGCCAGCCACACUGCCACCUUGUGUGCCAAAGGCUUGGUACUGUACCAGGUAUAUGGUGUGCUGCAUCCACACUGUACUUGGGGCAGUCAUACCUAUGGGACCCACUUUCACUUUUCCACUUAAAACACGUUAGCUGUGGAAAAAUGGCAAAACUUUUAAUUUACAAGGUAAAGUAUACAGUAAAGAUAAAGAUAAAUAUUUUAAUGAUACAUUAUAGUGAUAUGAGAAGUUUUAGUGAUACAUAACACCAAAUAUUGAAUAAUAACAUCCCUUGUGAUGUGAAUUAGCAUUGUAAUGUUAAGAGGUACACUAAGUUGUCUACACUGAAGAAUCAUUAUUCAUAUUACUCCAAGAUCCUAAAUUUACUAUGGACAUCAUUUAAACUGUAUGAAAAUUUUUUAAUACAGUACUAAUAAAAUAUAAUAUAAAAACC